UGAACGCACCAUAAAGAGCCAAACGAGGUCGGCUAGCAACCGUUAGCUGUCAGCAGCCAUCGCGUCGGGAUGGAGGUGACACGCAAAUCUUUUAAAGACUGUUUAAACUUGGUGUACGCCGCGAUAGAGGAGGCGGACUUUCUCGCCAUCGAUGGGGAGUUUUCAGGGAUCAGCGACGGACCCAGCGUCAGUGCACUCACCAACGGGCUGGACACGCCGGAGGAACGCUACACCAAGCUUAAAAAGCAUUCCAUGGAUUUUCUACUCUUCCAAUUCGGGCUGUGUACCUUCAAAUAUGACGAGAAAGAUUCAAAGUACGUCACAAAGACUUUUAACUUUUAUAUAUUUCCCAAACCUUUCAACCGGACGUCGCCUGACAUCAAAUUUGUCUGCCAAAGUUCCAGUAUUGACUUCCUGGCCAGUCAAGGCUUUGACUUCAACAAGGUGUUCUGUCACGGAAUCCCCUACCUGAACCAUGAGGAGGAGGCCCAGCUGAGGGAGCAGACUGAAGAGAGGCGAAGCCAGCAGGCCAACGGUGUCGGUACGCCGACCUUCGUCUCGCCGUCCUGCUCCAAGGGCCCUGCCCACGUGCCCGACGAGCACAAGGACUUCAUCAAAAAAGUGGUGGAGAAGGUGGAGGCCCUGUUCUCGAGCACGGAGAAGACCCUCGACCUGGAGCCGUGCACCGGGUUCCAGAGGAAGUUGAUAUACCAGACAAUAAACUGGAAGUUUCCAAAGGGGCUGCAUGUGGAAACCAUGGAAAUAGACAAGAAGGAGCGCUUUAUCCAGGUCAGUAAGGUGGAUGAGGAGGAGAGGAAGAAGAGGGAGCAGCAGAAACUAGAGAAGGAGCAGGGGCAGCUAAAUGAUGCCGUGGGCUUCUCCCGGGUCAUCCACGCAAUCUCCAAAUCUGGUAAACUAGUGGUGGGGCACAACAUGCUGCUGGACGUGAUGCACACAAUCCACCAGUUCUACUGUCCUCUGCCUGAGGAGCUUCAAGAUUUUAAAGAGGUCACCAUGUGUGUUUUCCCGAGGCUUUUGGAUACAAAGUUGAUGGCGUCCACUCAGCCCUUUAAGGAUCUGAUUAACAAUACGUCUCUGGCCGAGCUGGAGAAGCAGCUGAACGAAAGCCCCUUCAAGACUCCUCAAAUUGAGGCGGCCGAAGGCUUUCCCAGCUACAACACGGCCAAGGAGCAGCUGCACGAGGCCGGCUACGACGCCUACAUCACCGGACGCUGCUUCAUCUCCAUGGGCAACUUCCUGGGCUCCUUCCUGACGCCGCCCAAAGCGUACGUGUCGGCUCGCUCCAAACUCAUCGAGCCUUUCUACAACAAACUUUUCCUGAUGAGGAUAAUAGACAUCCCCUAUCUCAAUAUCACAGGACCAGACUUGCAACCGAAGAGAGACAACGUCCUCUACGUCACCUUCCCCAAAGAAUGGAAGACCAGUGACCUCUACCAGCUCUUUAGUGCCUUCGGAAACAUCCAGGUCUCGUGGAUGGAUGAUAAGUCCGCCUUCGUGUCCCUCAGUCAAACGGACCAGGUGCAGAUAGCCAUGAACACCAGCCGCUAUGCCGAGAGCUAUAGGAUCCAGACGUACGCAGAAUACAUCCAGGGAAAGCAGCAGGAGAAGGAGAAACUGGCUCCCGCUUCCAAGUCCUGGACGGAAGACUGUUGGGUGAAGCCUCACUACGCAGCCUCUGCCGGGUUCGGAUACCCCAGGGCUUUGAGGAAGCGCAGUGGAAGUCCCAUCCAGGCGGAGGAGGGAAGCGCGGGGGGCGCCGACGGCUGGAGUCACUACUCGUACUCUGACGGCACAGGAAGCAAGAAGAUGAAAACCGACGAAGUUGUGGAGAGCAAGACGUCAGAGGGAUGGCUAAAGACCACGGACGCUUGCGAGUCGUCCAGGUCGAGUCCCAUCUCCGAGGAGGACGGUCCCGGAGGUGCUGAUUCGGCAAAGGACGCCGAGGGUACGUUCAGCUGGCAGCAGGCCUCUGCCGCUGCAGCCGUGCCGCCCGCACGAAAAACUCAAAAGAACAAGAAGAAGAAAUCUGACGGUGCUGGAGUGUCGUCGCUGUUUGAGGUUCCUGAGGUGUGGUAGCAACAAACCAAGAAGAACUCGGGACUUUUCCUCGGGCGACUUCGCAUCACCGGGUGAGCGCCAGCUAGCAGGUGCGGACCAGCACACUAACGCCAGAAGCCAUAUUGACGGUUCUGCUUUUCCACUCUUAAAUACACUUCAUGUUGAAUUUGAAACUGUUCUUUUAUACACGUGACAAUACUUGAAUGGAGCCAGUGUGGUCGCCUCCAUUUUUACUUGUGUGUGUGUGUUAGCUAAGUUGCCGUAAGGUGGACAUGUAGUUUACAACAUCAGGGUUCAGCGUAAUGUCUAUUUAAAAAGCUGUCCAUUUUAUUUUAAACUAAUGUUAUGAGAUGGUCUUGUUUUAUCAAGCAUAUACAGAAACAAUAUCAACAACCAUAAUGUGAUAAUUUAUUACGCCACCGCUUUGGAACCUUCAGGAGGUGCUUUCUAGGUGUUUGUGUUGUUUUUGUACAGAUGUUUGUUUUGUAGCAGUAUGGCAAAUGUGUCAAAACCUAUAUAAAUAUUUACAUUGUUUUUUUUUUUUUUUUGUAUGAGGUUCAAAAUCCUUCACUAUUUCCUUGGGGGGGAAAAAAAAGGGCAGGGAGAUGAAAAAAAAAUUAAAGAAUUUUCUUACUAUCACUGACUCCAUUUUCUUCAGUGCGUUUCUUUUCUACACACAUUCGUUACGUUCUUCUGGGUCAAUUUGAAGCACGAAUGGGAAUAACUUUUCAAACAGCCAUUAUGGUUUGAAGCCAGGGUUGAAUUUUCAAAUUACCGUUA